AUGCUUGUAUGGAGAAAAAGAGAAGUUUGGGAAUUAAAAUGUAAGAUUUUUCGUAUUUCUUUGAUACGUGCUGUUUCUUCUUUUUGGUCUUGUUGUGUUAGCAAAAAUCCGGGUUUUAAAGGUGUAUUUUUAGUGAAUAUAGGACAAAAUAAAGAUAUAGAAUUAAAAAAAAGUGUUAAAGAAAGGAAAAUGGAGAAUAUAUCCAAAAAAAGUGUUUCUGAAGGAAUUUUAGAUGCUCAGGAAAUGAUAUAUGAAAAUAUAGAAAAAAUGGCACUUAGUGAAAAUAAUAAGAAGGUUAAAUGUGAAUUUAAUCUUAAAACACCAAAGGGAACAAAAGAUUGGGAUGGAAUGGAUAUGACAAUAAGAGAAAAUAUGUUUUUUAAGAUUAUGAAAAUAUUUAAGCGUCAUGGUGGAAUUGCAAUUGAUACACCAGUUUUUGAAUUACGCGAAAUUUUGGCUGGAAAAUAUGGUGAAGAUAGUAAACUCAUCUACGAUCUUCAAGAUCAAGGUGGGGAGCUUUGUUCCCUACGAUAUGAUUUAACGGUUCCUUUUGCACGAUAUCUUGCAAUGAAUCCCACGAUUCAACAUAUUAAGAGAUAUCAUAUUGCUAAGGUUUACCGUAGAGAUCAGCCUGCAAUCACUAAAGGGCGUAUGCGAGAAUUUUAUCAAUGUGACUUUGACAUUGCAGGAUGUUAUGAUUCAAUGUUGCCAGAUACAGAGAUUCUUAAGAUCCUUAUCGAAAUACUUGAAGAACUAAAUAUAAGUAAUUAUGUUAUUAAAUUAAAUCACCGUAAAAUUUUGGAUGGGAUUUUUGAUAUAUCUGGUGUUCCAAAUGACAAAUUUCGUAUUAUUUCUAGCGCAAUAGAUAAGUUAGACAAAUUGUCAUGGGACUCUGUAAAGAAAGAAAUGGUAGAAGAAAAAGGAUUAGAUAACUUAGUGGCUGAUAAAGUUGGUGAUUAUAUUAGAAAUAAAGGGGGUAAAGAUCUUUUGGAAAAGUUGAAAUCUGAUGAAUUGAUGGGAAAGCAUGCAAUCGCACUUGAAGGAAUAAAAGAUAUGGAGAUUUUAUAUAAAUAUUUAGAAUAUUUAGACAUUGAUUCUAAAGUUUUAUUUGAUUUGUCAUUGGCGCGUGGUCUUGAUUAUUAUACAGGGCUUAUAUAUGAAGCUGUUUUAGAACCAUGUGUUUUAUUUGAUCCUAGUUCUUUAAAAAGAAAAUCUAAUUUGAAUAAGGAUCAGGAAGAUUUUACAUGUAUUGGAUCAAUUGCGGCAGGAGGUAGAUAUGAUAAUUUAGUUGGGAUGUUUUCUUCAAAAAAAAAUGGAAUUCCUUGUGUUGGUGUUUCUAUUGGUGUUGAACGUAUUUUUUCAAUUUUAAAGUCUCGUUUUUUUGGAAGAAUUAUUAAAACUAAUAGUACAGAAGUUUAUGUUAUAGAACUUGGUGCUGGAAGUAAGUCUAAUAUGGUUAAAGAAAGGCUGCAAAUAUGCAAAGAAUUAUGGGACUCUGGAAUAAAUGCUCAAUUCUUAUACAAAACUAGACCAAAGCUUAGACAGCAAUUUGAAGCUGCUGAAAAAGAUAAUGUGCCAAUUGCCGUUAUUUUUGGCCAGGAGGAAAUUAUAAAUGACCAAAUUCGUAUUAAAAUUUUAGGAUUAGGUGAUCAGAGCAAUAAAGGCGAGCUUGUACAAAGAAAAGACAUGGUUCCCAAGAUCUUGAAUAUACUAAAAGAAUUAUCUCAUGACGAUUUAAAAAAUACUUUUAUUUAA